CUUUGUUUAGUAGACUCACGUGCCUACACUCAACGGCGGCACGCGAAGCCGAUAAACAACGGAAAACCCUAACGAAAUGCUCGGUUUCCAUAUUAUUCACUUUAUGUAACGGUUUCUUCCAGCUUCCACUUUCGCUUCGUGCAUACCUUCCUCCAUUUUCUCUUCUUCGAGAUGAAAUCCUACAUCUGGCUUCAAACUGUGGAUGGCUCUAUUCAUCAAGUAGAGGAAGAGGUAGCCAUGUUUUGCCCCAUGAUUUGCCAGGAAGUACUUCAAACAGGCAUGGGAUCUUCCAAAACUUGUGCUAUAUCUCUUCCACAUCAUGUCAAUCCUGCAAUCUUGGAUUUGAUACUUGAUUACUGUCGGUUUCACCAAGUACCAGGACAUUCUAACAAGGAGCUCAAAAUUUUCAACGAGAAGUUUGUUCGGAUAGAUACAAAGAAGUUAUGUGAGUUGACAUCUGCUGCUGACAGCCUCCAACUGAAGCCUUUGGUUGACCUGACCAGUCGAGCCCUUGCUAGGAUUAUUGAAGGAAAAACUCCUGAGGAGAUUCGUGAAACAUUUCAUCUGCCUGAUGACCUGACUGAGGAAGAGAAGCUGGAGCCUCUGAGAAACGUAACUGAUGAUCCACGUAUUCGACUUCUAAACAGAUUGUAUGCUAGAAAGAGGAAAGAACUACAAGAGAAAAAGAAGCUGAAGGAUGUUGCGGUUGAGGAGGAACCAAAGGAUGAGCGUUCAGUUGAAGAUCUUCUAUCAUUUAUUAAUGGCGCAGAUGGAGAUAUAAAGGGAACUAGAGCAAGUAAAAAUAAAAAGAAGAAUAGAAGGAAAGACCAGGCAAAGGAUCUUUCUUCAAAAAAUGCAAAUGAAAACAAUAAGGGGUUGAAUCUUCUUCCUUCUGCAUAUCACAAUGUCAAUUUUGACAAGUCCUUAGAGGCCUCUGCAAGCAAACACUCAAGGAUGCAAACCAUUCCAGCUGUUAAUUUUUCUCCAAAAUUUGAAUUUAUUGAUAGUGAUGUUGACGAUGAUUUAGAUCCUGCUGUGAAGGAGGAGCUUGACAGGGAAGUGGAAGAUUUUGCGCGAAGAUUGAAUUCAGAUUGGCCUGAAAGGAUGCAAAUUUUAUCUUUGGGUCAGGACAGAAGACUGGUACCAAUUUCUGUGAAUGGCAAUGGUUCAACGCACCUGUACACGAGUAUAUAUUUCUUUCUUCUCAAUAUAUUCCUACAUUCUGCCUUGAUUUCUAUUAGAUGCAUCUAGACAUUCUGAUCUGGUUGUUAGUUGUUCUAAGAUAUGAUUCUGGAUUGACGGCUAAAGAAGCAGUGAUGACGUUGUUGCAUAUGUUAAUUAUUUUCAAAGACUUGUGUUAUUUCCUAGGGCUUGAUCAUUGUGUCUGUUUUUAGUCCCCGUCCCACCCUUUUUGUCGUUUGCAUAUCUGUAAUCAUGCUGACGAUUAUAAGUUUUGAAUCUGAAAAUAAUUUGAAUUGAUAACUGAUAAUUGACUAGGUCUGUGUUGAUGGUGAGGAGUUGCAGCUGGGUUCAUGAUUGCAAGUCUAUCAUUGAGCAUUUAACUUAUGGUACAUAUAGGCUUUUGAUGAUAGUACAGCACUGGCAGAUAAUUCAAUUUCCAAGUUUAGAGGAAGUUGAAGUGAUCUGAAAGGAUGGCAGCUCAGAGUUUGAAAGUCUCUUUGUAAACACCAUGUGAGUAAUAUUUAUUUGUUCCUUAUAACUUAUAAUCAAACUGUGGCUUUGUUUCUUAAAUUUGAGCUUUUUGAAUUCUGCGAACAAGGGGAGAGAGGGACUGAUAGAGAAAGAGAAAAUGUGUGAAAAAAGGAUGAAUAAAAAGAAUCUUGAAAAGCAA